AUGGCGCCUCCAAAGACAGCCCCCGCCCCCGGUCCCGGUCCUUCGACGGUCGGCCCUGUGCGAGAUCGCACUGCUGAGGCUCUUCAUGCUUGGUGCUGUCAAAACUACGAAUACGGCUAUGUCUUCUCCCAAACCGAACUGUUGGGUGCCGGAGUCAUCCCCAAUCAAGAUCUUCAAAUCCUCCUCUCCACCGUCGAAUACCUCACGAAAAACUCGCUCUUCCGUGUACAUGAUAGGGUGGGCGGUGGUCCUGACUUUUACAGCUACGCCAACCUCAGUCGCAAUGAGCAAAUCGUGUUGCAGGUCAUCGAAGGCGCGAAGUCGUCCGGGAUGUGGACAAAACAGAUCCAGUCCAAAACUGCCCUCCAUGGGAACAUCCUGGAAAAAGUCUACAGGGUCCUUGAGGGAAGAGGUCUGGUCAAGCAGAUGAAAAGUGUCAGCCACCCAUCGCGGAAGAUGUACAUCUUGGCCGGCUUGACACCUUCUGAGGAUGCAACGGGCGGCUCUUGGUUCUCCGAAGGACGACUUGAUAUCGGACUGAUCGAUACCAUCUCCACCGUCAUCGAGCAUUUUGUUUCUACUCAAAGCUGGCAAGAGGUCAAGCCUGAUGAAAUGGAAGAACAUCCAGGUUCAAAACGCAAACGACCCAGUAGUGGUUUUGAAGAGCACGGGGAUGAUAGAGGCAAAUUGGUCAAGACUAACGAGGGGCAGAACAAUAAAGCCAGGACUUCCAAGCACCAAGCGGCUCCUCAGAAAACGUACAGGCCGUUCGGUCUGGGCCACAAGUCCUAUCCCACCCUUGAAGAUAUCACGAGGCAUAUCCUCAAUAUCAAAGUCACAGGGUCUAUGCUACCUCAAAAUGCCAUUGCACAAUUGCUUCAGGUCAUGGUCUAUGAUGAUCGCCUCUUCAAGCUCCAUCGGCCUCCUCAUGGCAACGAGCUCCCUGACGACCAUAUUACCAACACCGUUACCAUGUACCGCUGCUUCAAAACUCCACAGGACAUUACCGAACGACUCCAACUUGACAAGCGCAAAGUGAGCCACCACGACGACGUCAGAAAAGCCGCGUAUCGGCAAGAGGAGUUGGAGAGAUUAGGCGCAGGAGGGACGAGUGAAGUGCCUUGUUUAAGGUGUCCUUCGUUUGACAUCUGUGGUGAUGGUGGCCCAGUGAAUGUGAUCACUUGCAAGUAUUUCGAUGAGUGGUAUGACCGUCUUGAAGAAGCAGACAAGUGGAAACCGGAGAAGGAACGAGGAAAAGAGAUGACCAAGGAGCGGGACAAGGCCAAGGGAAAAGAUAAAGAGCGGGCAACGGUCAACGGCGAUCGAGGGCCCCGUGUCGACAUCGAGCUCGAGUCGGAGCCUUCAUAG